AAAUACUUACUACAUUGCUGUUCCCUCCCAUUAAUCAGAAAUAAAUGUGGUAAAAAGGACCAAUUGCAAACCCCCGGCACAAGGAGGAAGAAGAGUGUGUAAGGGAGGUGGAAAGGGGGAGGAGAUGUUAGAAACAGAGGGAUGGACAUCAUUUUUCGCUGUGAGCAGACUUUUUAUAGCUCGGUAAAAAAAAACAUUCAGUAUAACUCAGCGAGGAGGACUGAUGCUCGGAAACUCUCACUCUCACUUUCCUCCGGUCACUUUGUCUCCCCUUGAUUGUCCUCCUCAUCUUCUGUGCUGUGGGCUGUUCAGAGGAGAAACCAAGGAUAGCACUUCCUGCCUCUGAGGAGAAGAUGAAGUCCUGUUUGCUUUUUCUCAUCACCUGCGUGACCCUUCUCCCGCUGUGCCGCGCCACUCCUCUCUUCUACAACACAUCCAUGGACGGCAGCGGAGACGAAGCAGAGCUGGAGCUCCUUUUCCCAACCUCCUUCUCCACGAGAGCCCCUGUCCAGGUCUCCGCUGCCACCGAAGCCCCCAGCCUCACCAGGACCAUCACCAACACCAUCACCAUCACCAUGAUUCGCCUGAAGGACUUUGUCCUCACUCGAGUUGUGGACUUCCUGCAGGAGAAUCUGCUCAUCCUCAUCGUUGUGACCUCUCUUCUCAUCGUCAUGGUCUUCAUCAUCUGCUGCGCCUGUGCAAUGAGUCAUAAGCGCAAGUUGGAGGCCUAUAAGCCCCUCCCUCCUUCAAACAAGAAGCACGUGGCUGAUAAAACAGGCGCAGGCAAAAAGUCCAGCGAGCCCCAGGAGAGGCCGUACGCCGUCGACCACGUCAAGAGGGUCCAGACUCAGAGCAUGGCCUCCCCCAAGCACCUGCGCGUGCCCUCCAAGGCUCUGGUGGGCGAAAGGGGCAGAGAUGUCAGGUCGUCGCCUUGCCAGGAGGUCAGAAAGGUCAGAGAGGCAGAAGAGGCGGAGAAGCGGAGAGAGGAGCCCAAGCACAAGGAGCAGCCAAAGUACCGGGAGGAGGUGCAGCAGAGCUCCAACCCCGGCACCAGCUCAGGCCAUUCAGUCUGCACCUGCCACCUGAAAAAAGGCCACCAUUAGAGCAUGGUCAGGGCUGAUGUUGGCCUAAGAGGUGAAACAGAUCAGACAGGUUGGUUGUACUUCAAACAUGUAGAAACAUAUUUAGAAAAUGCAUUUGUGAUUGGAAUCUGGCCCAUUUACAACCACCAAGGAGUGUAUUCAUGGCGCUCAUUAAAAAAACAUCCAAAGAUUAAACAGUUCAAUUUAGAAGUUUGUGAAUAUGUGAACUAUGGCUUGAAUAAAAAAUGGUGUUGAUAGAAGAUAUGUUUUUAGAAAACAAAAUAGUGAGUUGUGUUGCUGCAUAAAUCCUGUCUAUAAAUUCUGCACGUCGCAACAUAUGUUAAAAAGCCAAAUGCCAACAACCAUUAAACCCUCACAGUGGCUCCUUGUCCUUACUUUAGGUGUGAUCAAACAGCUAGCUGUGUUGUUUGUUAGUGAUAGCCACAGUUAGCCUUAACUAAUAUCAUAUCACUGUGCCAUUAAAGUAGCAUCACUUGAAACGGCAAAGGAACAUUUUUCUUUUAGAUUGAUUGAGGAGAAAGACGAGAAAAAUUAUAUUUAGAAGGUAAUUAAGAAUGGAAAUCCUUAUCAUUUCUCUAGAUUGAAAGGAUAAACAAGUGUUCGUGUGCUUUGAUACCGAGUUGUAUUACUCCAUAUGCCUGCCUAUAGACAGAGGAAUCUCCUCAGCAUGUCCUGCUGUACGCUGUGGCUUCUUUUCACCCGCUACAACCAACCAGUCGUUUGGAGCAAAACCUUUGCUGCUGUAAGUAAAGCAAAGUGACACUCCAGUAAACCUGAGUUGUUGGAUAAGCAACACAAGAAUCUCUUUAUAUUUACAUUCAUAUUUAGUUUUAUGUUAUUUUAUGUCAUAUCAUAUUGUAUAUUACUCUACAAACCUAAUUCACAAAUUUUUACACCAAAAGAGCCAUUUUUAACAGUGUUACUGGGAAGUUUAAGUAGAAACAUACAUAUAUAUCUAUUAUCUAUCUGUCUAUAUAUUUAUUUGGUUGAUAGUUCUGAUGUGCAUUCAAUAUAAGUAGAGGUUCUGGGGUAAAAACCUUGUGAAUCAGGUUUGUAUCUGUAAGAAGUAAUACUUAUGUUUAAGAUAAAUCAUGUUUUGUUUUCAGUGUAAUAAUGUGUAACGAGUCAAAACUAGAAUACGGAGAUAGGUAGUAGUGUUCAUCUUUACCUGGUGUAAUACAAUUAACUUUAACUUAUGUUGGCUAAAACAGUGUCUUAAGUUCACGCUUACAUAUAUUUGUCUGACAUCAUUUAGAUAUAAAUUCUGAUUACACUGGAGAAACUAAUUUGUAGAAACUCUCCAGCUCCCUAGCCCAUCAAGGUAAUGACUCUGAGGGCCACACUUUGUUCAUGUCUAAAACUCUUGAACCUCGGAUUGAUGUCCUCACAUCACGGUUCCACACGGAUAAGUUGUUUACAAAA